UUCAGCACCCCACGAAAUGACACCAUAUCUACAUUCUACAAUACUUUUACUGUAGCAUUUCAUUCACAGUGAUUAGCAUUGGGGGCAUUUAUUUGACCUUGGAACAUGUUUGAAAACCCCAAAUGUCACUUAAAUAUGAACACAUGUGACUAAUUAAUGUUAAUGUUUACAUAAUUAUUUUUCACAUCAUGAAUAAAUUCAGGUAUUGACACUUUUCUACAAUUACGUGGGGGACUUUUAUUUACAACAUUUCUGAAAUUCCGUAACCCGGAUGUACUUUCUUAGUGUUGAUGGCGAAAAAAGCAACAACAGUGCAGAUAAUAUUGGCACAUCUAGCUAUGUAUUAAAGUCAGGAACCAUGGUCAAAGAGAAAAUCUGUGCCAUGCUAUUGCGUAGGCUUAUGUGACCGUUUCCUGCUUCACUUUUCUCGUGUUUGUAAUUAUUAGAUAAGAAAUAGCGGAGCCGGUGAAUAUACUUUGCAAUAGCCGGUUAGCUAAGUUGGCUGAAAUGUCAUUCUCAGUCUUGUUGUAGCUCCAUUUAUAUGAAAGCGCAUUGCAAUCAUGACGCUUCCAGCUCUGCAGAACACCAGUGUGCUCUACCGAAGAAUACUGUCGCAGUUCCCUCAAGACAUCAGCCUCGCAUUUGCCUAUGGAUCUGGAGUAUUCAAACAAAAUGGAACUAGCCAAGGUCAAAUGGGGAAAAACAUGCUGGAUUUUGUGUUCGCUGUAGACGAUCCAGUCACCUGGCAUACCAUGAACCUGAUGCAGAACAGAAAACACUAUUCUGUAUUAAAGUUCCUGGGUCCUAGGAAGAUCAGCCGGAUACAGGAAGAACACGGGGCUGGGGUGUACUACAACACCUUAGUACCUGUGGAUGGAAGGAUAAUGAAGUAUGGCGUGAUCAGUACUGACUCUCUGAUUGACGACCUGCUCCACUGGAAGACCAUGUAUAUUGCUGGCAGACUGCACAAACCGGUGAAGAUCCUAGUGCAGGGUGAAAACGGGAAGAUGCGUGCUGCGUUGGUGGGGAACCUGAAGAGCGCUGUGACUGCCUCCUUCCUCAUGCUGCCUGAGAGUUUCUCUGAAGAGGACCUGCUCCUGCAGAUUGCCGGGCUCUCCUACGCCGGUGAUUUCAGGAUGGUGAUUGGAGAAGACCGGUCCAAGGUGGCUAACAUUGUCAAGGAAAACGUCCAACAUUUCCGCAUUCUCUACAACAAUAUUCUGCAAGAGUGUCCACAGGUGGUGUACAAGCCACAGCAGGGGAAACUGGAGGUGGAUAAGAGUCCAGAGGGUCAGUUUGUCCAGCUGAUGGCCCUCCCCAGGACCCUGCAGCAGAGGAUCACACGACUGGUGGAUCCGCCUGGGAAGAACAGGGACGUGGAGGAGAUACUACUACAGGUGGCCCAGGACCCCGACUGCGGUUCUGUGGUGCAGCAGGGGAUAUCGUCAAUAGUGAAGUCGUCAAGCAUAACUCAGACCGCCAAAGGAAUCGCCACGGCUGGGCUGCUGAAGUCUCUGUCCUACAGCACCAAGAAGCUCCAGAAGAUGUGGAAGGGCUGGAGAAUGAAGACGCCUUGAUCCUCCCAGUUAUAUUUAAGCAAUAAGGCCUGGGGGGGUGUGGUAUAUGGCCAAUAUACCACGGCUAAGGGCUGUUCUCACGUACGUACGAACGACGCAACGUGGAGUGCCUGGACACAGCCCUUAGCCGUGGUAUAUUGGCCAUAUAUCACAACCUCCCCGAGGUGCCUUAUUGCUUAAAUAUAACUGGUUACCGAUGUAAUUUAGAGCAGUAAAAAUAAAUGUUUCGUCAUACCCGUGGUAUACGGUCUGAUAUACUAUGGCUUUCAGCCAAUCAGCAUUCAGGGCUCGAACCACCCCGUUUUUUAUAAAUGGCUAUAUACUGUACGGUUCCUUUCUGCCUGGAUGAACUGAUAUACCAACCUGUUCCCCUUGGGGGCAUUGUUCAAGAGGAUGCAACAUCACAGAACGUUUUAGAUGGAUAGAAAUGUGUUGUGUACAACAUAUAAACGAUACUCUGUCAUGCACAAUAGGGAAUUGUUAUAAUUUUUUACCUGCAGCGUUGUGAAUGUUUCACCUAACUGAAUAUAACCCGGUUACACAAAGAGGUCCUUUUUUAAAAAAAAAUGAAGCCCUGUUUCCCUGUCUUAAUCUACAUGUCUACAGGGUCUGUUGACCGUUUUAAAAUCAGCCAUUACCUGGGGUGUAUUCAUUCUGCCAAACCAAACUUUUUAGUUGCAGACGUUUCGUCAAACAGAACAAAACCGGGAGUGCUGAUCGAUUGAAAUGAAAUUUUGGUGGGAGGUGGCUUAUGGUGAGACAAAUUAACAUUCAAUUCUAUGGCAACAGCUCCGGUGAACAGUCUUGCAAUCAGCACGUUCCCUCAACUUGACAUCGGUGGCAUUGUGUUGUGACUAAACUGCACAUUUUUAAAGUGGCCUUUUGUUUUUUUUGUGUCUCCCAGCACAAGGUGCACCUGUGUAAUGAUAAUGCUGUUUCAUCCGUUUCUUGAUAUGCCACAGCUGUCAGGUGGAUGCAUUAUCUUGCUCACGAACAAAUUUAUGCACAAAAUUUGAUAGAAAUAAGCUUUCUGUGCAUCUCAGGGAUAUUUUACCUUUCACCUCAAGAAACAUGGGACCAACAUUUUAUAUGUUGCGUUUUAUAUAUAUAUUUUAAAAACAUUUUUCUUCAGUGUACAAUGACCAGAAUCCAUUGCACGCCCACUUGUCUGGUCUGUGUGGUGCAGACAUGGAGAGACAGAAGAACACGUGAUAGCUGCUUUGCCAGGUAUCUCUACCUGAAAAUACAUGAUCCAAGUGAUUGAUCGUUGGUAUUCAGCAGUCAUAGAAGUAUGCCUUUUUUACUUUGAAGACCUACUAAAAUAGUGAUUUUUUUGUUGUUGUCAGACAGCAGCUCUAUAGAGAUGAGAUGACUUGGAAUUCAAAUGAUAAAGUUAUCAUAUUGACCUAAAACAGCAGAAAUAACUCAUUAAAGUAAUGUGAAUAAAUUAUGGCUAAGUGAUGAGCAGUAAUGGACAGUCAAUACCAUCAUGGAAUGUAUUGUUUUAUUCUGUGUCAACCCACAAUGCAUUUCAUGUCAAAACAAAAUAAUUGAAACCAAAAUGGAAAACCCGGCACCAGGAAGCACCUAUCUGAAUUUGACUAAUAGAAACUCUCACCAAACUAAAAUGUUUUGUUUGGCAGACUGAAUACUCCCCUUGGAUAACAUCUCGGCACAUUGUGUGUCACCCACAAUGAUGUAGGGUGUGACUUUUUAGUGCACUUAAAAAAGAGAAUGAAAGAAACGGUAUGUCACUCAUAUCUUUGUAAAAUGGCAGAUUUUAUGAGAAUGGAAUAAAGCGUCAUCACCUUGGUUCUCAGUAUCACUGUCUCAAACGGUUUGUCCACAUGAUAGACGGGUUAGCUGACGACGAAAACAAUGGGGCAGAGUGCAGUGUGUUGUGGUUUUGAACGGUCAAAUCGCUAACGACAAUGACAAGAAUCUGCCAUGUGGGAAGUCAUGGCUGGCUCGUUUUUAACUCCAUGUCUUGUUUUCAUUGUCACGUCUUUGCUAAGAAGGUUAGAAUUCACUAUAGCUUGCUAACCAACAACUGGAAUGAUGUAUUUGAGACAAGUGGUCAUUUGCGAAAAAUGUAAGUUUUCAACAAACAUUAAAGACGAAAUAUAGUUGACAUGUUGUAAACAAUCUAAGCCAACCCAGUCUUGUUUUGCUCCAUAGUUGCACGUGUGUGUUGCUAAACAACCAAGCAGUCUUUUUCGAUUUGGAUCAUGUGUGGGUGUGACUUGAGAGAGCUAGUGCUAAAUAAAAUGGUUUGUUUCCCUUAUCUG